AUGCAGCACCGCGUCUUCCUCUCGCUGGCUCUAUGCCUUCUUGCCGUAGACACGGCCGCCGCCAAAACUUGCCGGCACCGCACGAAGACAACUACUCCGGCGACCGCUGUCUCCUCGACCGAGACAUCAGUUACUCCGACAUCUUCUGUCUCAGUCUCUUCAGCCAGCUUUGACUCAACCCCCAGUGCAUCUGCCACCCCUUCUGAUGCCACACCAUCGACCAUUGAAUCCACCCCCAGCUCUUCCACUCCUUCAUCGUCAGCCGUAGGCGCCACAGACACGCCUUCGUCUUCUUCUACGCCCUCAUCUACCAUCGAGCCCUCAUCCACUGUUGAAUCCUCAUCUACUCCUACGCCCUCAUCUACUCUUGAACCCUCAUCUACUAUUGAAACCUCCUCUACUCCUACGCCUUCAUCGGCCACCACGUUGUCUACAUCCACCGUGUCGUCCUCAUCAUCAGCCGCACCGUCCCCUACGGCUAUCACGCCCUUCCAACUCUACGCCGCGUCAACUGGUCAAUAUGUCCAAGUCCCGGCUACUCCCAACACUUAUUUGACGUAUCAAUCCGGCGGUUCCACCUCCACCUUCGUCAUUGAUGAGGCGACGGGCUACCUGCGUCUCAACGGGGGCGCCUUUGUGUGCGCAGGCUAUGCAUACAGCUACCAAACUGGGCUUGUUCUCUGUACGACAACACCCCCACUCUCAGCUUCCAACCGACGCUACGUCUCUUGUGUGCAGUCGCUCACGGACCAUGCCGUGACCUGCUCGGUGCCAAUCGUCUCGUGUACUCCGAGCGGCUGCAACACUCAACCCGGCCAAUACGACCAGUUCUCCAUCGACAGCCAGACCACGGGUAACGCGGUGUUCCUCUCUAGUACCGGAACGACACGCUCCAACGUCGUUCCUCGUCCGGUGACUGCCGUGGAGCCCGUUCCCACCUAG